AUGCCUUCCAAGAUCCUGUUCGUCUUCACAUCCUGCAACAAGACCCUCACAGGGGCGCCCACGGGUUGGUAUCUACCCGAGGCUGCGCACCCAUACUAUGUGCUUUCGCCUGCGCACCAUAUCGACUUCGCGUCUCCCGCCGGAGCAAACCCACCAAUCGAUGAAUCGAGCGUGCAGGCGUUCAAAGACGACACAAAGAGCACCAAAUUCCUUACCGACGAGACCGUCAAAGCCAAGUUCGCGAGCGCCAAGAAGUUGUCGGAGGUCAACGUCGACGACUACGACGCUAUUUUCUACGUUGGAGGACACGGUCCCGUCAUUGACCUCGCGUCAGACGAGACCAACGCGAAGCUAGCGAGCCAGUUCUUCCGAGCAGGCAAGAUCACGUCUGCCGUAUGCCACGGACCAGCGGCUUUGGCGGGCGCGACGGACGCCAGCGGCAAGUCCAUCUUCGAUAGGAAAGCGUUCACGGGCUUCUCCAAUGUAGAAGAGGAGCAGGCUGGCAAAGUGAAGGAUGUUCCGUUCUUGCUGGAAGACAAGCUCACGACGCUCGGGGGCAAGUACGAGAAGGCGGAUAAACCAUGGGGUCCCCAUGUCGUUGUAUCUGGAAACUUGUACACUGGUCAGAAUCCAGCCUCGGCCAAGCCUCUAGCGGAGGCUAUCCUCAAGGCUUUGGCAUGA